AUGGCGGCUAAACUUCAGAUACACACGCCAUAUGUGCUCCAGACCCUCCCACGUCCCCUGGACGGGCCUGACCGGCCCGGCCGGUAUGUCGCUGGCGAGGUGUUUGGUCAGAAACAAGACGGCAAGCGGCGCAAGAGGACUGAAUUGGCCGUAGCCAUUGACGGCGUGGCUGUCUACCUCUACGAUGUUGUCUCCUCACAAUCCGUCACCUCCUAUCUCGUCUCGCCCCAGUCCGUCUUCACCUGCGCUCCAUACUCGCUGCGCUGGCGACCGACAUCCUCCAAGACUGUGACCCGUUACACCUACGUCUCGUUGUCCACAAAAACCGUUUCUUCGGCUGCGGCGACUCGGGAAAUCAAGUUGUUCAAGGAGGAGACUUCCGAAUCAGGGACGACGACAACGACGCCGGGCUCGCACAUCCUUCGCUGCGAUGCACCUAUUGUCAAUAUUUUUGCCAGUUCCGCUCGUGCUUCAGCGGCGAGCUUGUUGAGUGACGAGGGCCCCCACCAUGAUCUUGUUGUCGUGGUUGCCGAUGGCACGAUUCUAUGUCUAAAUGGGGAGACCCUGGAGGAGAGGUGGCGGGCAUCUUCGUCGGUGCUCUCUAAAGAGCUCCUCUCUAACUCAAAAUCGGGUCUCCAUGUCGACUUUGCGCAGCCAACUUCCGCUGCCGACAUUGCGGAGGGGAUGUUUGGCGGGAACCAUGAGCUUUUCGGCGUGUUCCAAGAAAAGAUUCACCGUGAAGGCUUCAAUCCAGACUUUCUUGUUGUUAUCACCUCCGACAAAUCGUCCCAGACUCAGCACUUACACCUACUUGCUUUGCCAUCCGAGAGGGAGGCACAGCAGACAAGCAAUGAACGAUUGAUUUCGGUUUUUGCUGCUCCACUCCCCUCUGAACCAAUCGACGCGAAGUUCCAGCUGGAUGUCAGGUCUGGGACCCUACAAACGCUCGCCGAUGGCGUAAUUUCCACCUAUGCUUUCAGCAACGGCAUUCCCCGUCUCGAAAACAAGUUACGGCUUUCCGGGCUAAGCUCGUUCAUUCGCCUCUCGAAGACCUCUGUUCUCACUGCGACAACCGACAGCUUCUCGGUAUACAACCCUGUUUACCGUUCUCUCCAAGCCAGCACCCCGGUGGACGCUGAGGUCCCUAGCAAUCGCUUUGAGUUUGUCACUUAUAUCUCCAGCCGUGAGAUCGCGAUUGGUAUUGACGGGGCAAACCUGACUGCGAUACAAGUCGAGGCUCCCAAAAACCGGACUUCCAAGCGGCGCGCGGAAGGCCUCUUGACCGAUGCGAUCCGCCGUGGGCUUCCCCGGGACCCGCCGUGUCAGAAGCGUGCGCGCGCGGAACAUUUCACCUCAGCCGUCCUGGGCGAGGCCUUCCCCGGCUCGACUGACGCGUCAUGGCUAGAGUGGGAGAGUAACUCUGCGCAGGCGGAUGAGCUUCUGCAAAGCAGUGAUUUCCGUUCAUGGGAGGAGUUUCUGGCGGAGGUGUUCAAGGUCCCAAUCAAAGCGAACAAAGGCGAUACAGAGAAGGGGACACUGACAAAUGGUGACUCUUCCUCGGGCCACAUGGAGUGGGAGUGGCCGGCAUCAAGGGCGGAUUAUGCGCGUGUCGAUAGGCGGUGGGUGUUUUACGCCAUCAGCAGAAUCUUCUCAUGGGACAAGCAGAGUGAAGCGAGCUCGGGGACUACGCGACUAGCUUGCUCUCUCCCGGAGAGCAGCGUUCUCAACUACCUAGUGGAUGCAGGGCACCUAUCCACCUCCAACAUCAAGUCGGCCUUCAAGAACGAGGUGUUAGAAAUAGACGGGGCGGACCAUAUCAUCGGGGCAGAAACACCCAUCCUGUUGGCACAGAUUGACCCAACUAUGGAGCUGCUGUUGGGUUACCUUUCAGGCACACAGCUCGGGCCUACCGAACUAGUAUCUUCCAUCAAGCUACUUCUCCGCAGCCUCGGCCUGUUCGAAGAUUCAUCGAAAGCCCUGAUGCGGCUGACGGAGAAGGGCGAAGGUGCAGAAGAUCCGGAAACCGAGGCGAUCAACUUGGAACUAGACCGCGCGGAGGAGGAGUUGGAGAUUACGGAGCACUACUUAGGCGGGCACCGGGCAAGAGGGCUCGGCGUAGCGUUCAACAAGUUGGCAGCCUGCCCACCCGUCGCAACCGUGCAGAGCUUGCGCCGCCUAUUCAAGCUCGAGGAGACCAUCGGCCUGAUGAACGUGCUGCGGGCUGAGCUUAUUAAAGACGGCUGGACGACGCGCUACCUUGAUCGGACCGCUACGGAUCGCGGCAGCGGUGAGAGCGGAGCGUCUCCUGAUGGCAGCAUCCAGCUCAUUGCAGACCUCAUGUCGCGGUGCAUCGACUCUGUUGGACUAAGCGGGUGGAUGGCGUCGGAUGCUAUGCUGGCCGUCUCUGGCUCACACGGAAACAACAGCAGCAGCAGCCUUGACGACUCGGCGGAUUUUUUCAGCCAGUUCCAGGCCGAAGUAAGCGUCGCCCUGGAGGGCAUCAUGGAAGCUGUGCACCUGCAGGGCGCGCUGGCCGAGGCGGUCAGCUACGCUAAGCGAGCUAGGAAGGCGCUUUUGACAAACACCAAUGGCACCAAUGGCAUGACGGCUAAGAACACGCUCCCGCUAGGCCUCAAGACCGAGACGCGUAUCUCGACGGAGCGGGUGCGGUCGGGCGGGGAGAUUGUGGCGCGCAGCAGUAGACAGAUUGGGCAUUUCAUCAGCAAGAAGAGGGGUGCGUACUCGGUGCACCGGAUUUCUGAGGAGAUGUUGAUGGGGGGUGCUGGGAGAGGCAUUGAGGCAGCCCCUUGA